AUGGAAAGUAUGCUGAAUGACAACAACGGCGAUGACCUCUUUGGUGCUGGUGCAGCACCAGCAGGCAGCCAGGAUGGUGUCGCACAGCCAGAAAAUAUUGAAACACCAGUCGAAAAUCAAGAAAAUCAGGAAAUUGCCGAAAAUACACCACAAGAACAACAAGAAAACGAGGACGACAUUUAUGCUGCUUAUAACGAGCCAGCUGCUGAACCAGAAAAGGUCUCUGCUCUUGUAGAAUGGCAGGAGAAGAAGAAUGUCGAGAUUGCUCAAAUAGACAGUAAAGAAGAAGAAGAUAUACAGAAAAUGAAACAGAAGGCAAACGAUGAUCUCGCUGCCUAUUAUAAAAAACUCGAGGAAGGACAAGAGAGCCGUAAAAAGCAUAAUCUUGACGUUGACAAGGAAACAAUUGCAUCUCUUGAAGAAAAGCACGAUAAUCAGUGGGAAGGUGUUGUUAGCUUUAUCGACUUUAACCGCGCAGAUUUACAUGUCAAGGAUGUUUCUCGCAUGAAGACUCUCCUCCUUCAGUUAAAGCACUAA